AGGCAUUUGCAAAAGGUUUGUGACCGGAGAUUUUGUUGGAAAAAAGUUCGAGACAACCUUAACGUCGUCAACAUGGUCAAGUGGACAGAUGCCGAGCGCAGCGCAAUCACAGCCCUGUGGGGAAAGAUCGAUGUGGGUGAAAUUGGACCGCAGGCUCUUACCAGGCUUCUGAUUGUGUAUCCGUGGACUCAGAGGCACUUCUCAUCAUUUGGCAACAUUUCCACCAACGCCGCCAUCCUCGGAAACCCUAAGGUGGCCCAUCACGGUAAGGUAGUGAUGGGUGGGCUGGAAAAUGCUGUGAAGAACAUGGAUGACAUCAAGAAUGCUUACGCCAAGCUGAGCGUGAUGCACUCUGAGAAGCUCCAUGUGGAUCCCGAUAACUUCAGGCUUCUUGCUGAAUGCAUCAGUGUGUGUGUGGCCGCCAAGUUUGGACGUCAAUUCACCCCUGAUGUCCAGGAGGCCUGGCAGAAGUUCCUGGCUGUGGUCGUCUCUGCCCUGGGCAAGCAGUACCACUGAGGGUCUGGAGACGCAGUUCACAUUCAAAUAAUCGCAGCAGUUCUACAAGUGUUUAAAAAAUGUCUCAUGCACUGCCUUGAAGCUGUUGUCAAAUGCACCAAAUAAAAUUCAAAUUAUAUAAUUACA